GAAAGAAAAACAAGGAGAGAGCGAGCGAAAACGAGUGUUUUCGGUGCAAUUCAAAAUGCAGCAACUUCCGUUCGUAUCGAUUGGAUUCGGUUUCAUUUUGCUGGCGGCAUUCCAGAGCAUUGCGGAAGCUCAGAAACAGCAGGAGAACAAAAAUGUCUUCAAUACCAGCUCGUGUUUGGAGAAGCCGUUCCGCUGUCCACAUCCUCGGAUCAAGUUUUAUCUAUACACACGCCGAACACAGCAGAACCCGGAGCUGAUUGAUGUGCUGAACCCCGAGUCGCUGUACUACACACACUGGAACCCAUCCCAUCCGGUAAAGAUCGUUAUUCAUGGGUUUGGAGGUGGUCGAAAUCUGUCACCAAGUCCCGAUAUGCGUAAGGCAUACUUCACCCGCGGUAACUACAACAUCAUCAUCGUGGACUAUGGAUCUGCGGUAACGGAACCGUGCCUUAGCCAGAUUGAAUGGGCCCCACGGUUUGGCAGUCUCUGUGUUUCGCAGCUAGUGAAGUAUAUCGCUAAUCAUCCGCGAGGAGUUCCACCGGACGAUAUGCAUCUGAUCGGGUAUAGUGUUGGGGCACACAUUGCUGGCCUGGUGGCGAACUAUCUCACACCGAGCGAGGGUAAGCUGGGAAGGAUUACUGGGCUCGAUCCAACAAUCUUUUUCUACGCCGGGUCCAACAAUUCUCGUGAUCUGGAUCCUUCCGAUGCACACUUUGUUGACAUCAUUCAUACUGGUGCGGGAAUACUUGGCCAGUGGAGCCCGGGAGGCCAUGCGGAUUUCUACGUUAAUGGAGGAACCAGCCAGCCGGGUUGUGCGAGUUCCACAAUCUUUCAAACGCUCGCAUGCGAUCACACCAAGGUGACGCCAUACUUCAUUGAGUCGAUCAACAGUGAGCGUGGCUUCUGGGCUGGACCUUGUCCAACACUCAUAUCUUAUCUGCUCGGUUGGUGCGAACCGAAAGACUCGGAUUACGUCCUCAUGGGAGAACAUCUAUCGCCACAAGCACGAGGUGUAUUCUACGUGACGACAAACGCCAAACCACCGUACGCACGUGGAUUUCCCGGCAAAAACCGACGAACGGCUAAAACCUCCGAGUACAGUGGCGUCCGACGGAAGUAA